UAAGUCAAAUAUGGCGGAAAACGUGAGAGUUGCAGUGAGGGUUCGCCCAUUUAAUACAAGGGAAAAGGAGCGCAAUGCGGUCCUCAUUAUUGACAUGAAAGGGAACACCACAGAGAUAAAGGACCCUGCUGCGCCCAAGGGAGAAAAGCCGAGGACUUUCACUUUUGAUUUUUCCUACUGGUCACAUGACGGGUUCAAGGAAGAACAAGAUGGCUACCUGUCGCCCUCAGGAAGCAGAUAUGCGGAUCAGAGAAAAGUAUUCAAUGACCUGGGACAGUCUGUGUUGGACAAUGCGUGGAAGGGGUACAACUGCAGUUUAUUUGCCUAUGGACAGACUGGGUCUGGGAAGUCUUAUUCUAUGACAGGAUAUGGGAACAAUAAAGGAAUUGUCCCUAUUUGCUGUGAGGAACUUUUCAAGGGUAUAGAGGAAAAGAAGAAAACAGCUCAGAAGGGAGAGGAGUUUCAGAAACUCAUUCACAAUUUUCAGAAAGCAUUGGCUGAACAAAAACAGAAGGAAGAGGAGAAGAAAGUGACCCCAUAUUUUUGGAACUUAAAUGAAGAUCCUUCUUUAUCUGGGAUGUUGAUCCACUUCUGUAAGCCAGGUCAAUCCAGAAUUGGAACAAAGAAUGCCAAACCCCCUCCAGAAAUACAGCUCAGUGGACUCAAUAUCCAGAUGGAACAUGCUACUGUGACUAACAAGGAUAACAAAGUGUCCAUCAAGCCCACAUUUCAGUCAGCGGUCAUCAUCAAUGGAAAAGAAAUCUCAAAAGAGGAGUUACUGCACCAUAAUGACAGGAUAUUAUUUGGUUCCACAAAUCUGUUUGUGUUCCACCACCCAGUGGAUUAUGCCCAGCAGUUGAAGCAAGGCAAGAAGGUCGAGGCACCAACAUUUGAAAAGGCACAGGAAGAAAUCUCAGAGACGGCCCUACAGAAAGUUGGCUUCUCUAAAGUCGGGCAGUCCGGAAGUAAAGAGGACCUUGUCCUCCAAGAUGACCUUGUCCGUACCAUGCCCAUGGUCAACCAGUGCAAUGCCAUGUCAGAGUGCCUGAACAAGAAGAGGUUUUUUGAGAUAGCCCUGGUGUCUCCACAGGCCAGGGGGCUGAAAGAAGGCAGGACAGAGGUCAUGGUUAAAAUGAAGAACUUGGAGAACGGCAACGAGUGGAUGUGGCCAUAUGAUAAGUUUCUGAACAGAAAAUACAAGAUGGAGGAGAUGUACAAUGACUUUAUCAAUGAUGAGAAGGAUUGGGAUGAACCUCCAGAGAAGGAUCCAUUCGAGGAAUCUGCUGACUCAGCAGUUUUAAUUGGGUCAGUUCAGGUGUUCCUGCAGUCCCUAGGGUAUUUGAUUGACACUGACGAACACCUGUCAAUCACAGACUUCAGGGGAAUUGAACAUGGCCGCAUGCAGGUGCAGGCUCUCCCAUGUGACACUAAGUGGAAGCCAAUUGAAGAUGAUUUUGUGGAGGACCCUUAUGAACUUGUGGGAAAACAACUUAAUUUCAAAAUGAAAAUUGGGAAAGUUGGUGGAAUUCCUUCCAAGUAUGAAAAGGUCUAUGUGAGCUAUAAGUUCUACCUAGACGACACCCCAGCAGUGUCCAAGGAGAUGAGUGGAGUAAACAUGGACUUCAACUUUGACAAACAGUUCACAUUUAAACCUGUCACACAGCAGCUUGUUGACUACCUCAUGAAUGACCCACUGGUGAUCCAAGUGUAUGGUAAACAAAAGACUGGGGGACAAAAAGGAGGAACAGCUCUUCCCACCAGAGAACUUAUGGCUAGGGAGAAAACCAUGAUUCACCAGACCAAACAGGAGGACAUGAAAAACAGAAUGGCAAUUGAAGUUGCAACUGAAAGAAAAAAGUUUGAGAGAGCAGAGACCAAACUGAGAAAAAUUCAGGAACUGGUAAACAAAGCAAAGAAAGGAAAUCGAACUGAACUUGCAGUGAAGGACGUGGAAGAUAUUCUUGAAGGCAGCUUCAGAUUUAAAGGUGUAGCAGAUGCUGUGACUUUGGCCAAGAGAAAUGAAGCCAUGGGGAAGAACACAUCAUCAGCCUGCAACCUGCAGUGAAUUGGAUCAUCCAAAACACUCUUAGCAACCCUGACCUGAAUUGUAUGCCAGCCUACGUCAGUAUUUGAGAAAAAAUAUAUUGUUAUCAGUAUGCCUUCUCCUUCUGUCAAAAUGGAUAUUUGAGAGGGGUGUACUGGAUCUGGAGCUGUAGGUGUACAUAACCAGGACAGGGGGACAUUUGAUUGCAUUAUCUCUUGCAGAAACCACCAAGAUAUAUUUAACCUUCAUUUAACGGUGAUAAUAUUUAUGAGAAGUAUUAGGGUUUGCUCCUGUCUUAGUAGAUAUAAAAGUUUAUCACAAUCUUUUCAGUCAUUUGUUUACAAUAGAAAGUUUGGGAAGGAGCCUAUUAAAACUGAUUAAGAUUUAUACCAAAGUCAGUCGAAAGGGAUUAGAUGUAGAGAGAAUAUUUAGAAUACAAAGGAGACGGAGAGAUUUGACACAUGGGAGGAAAACUGUUCUCCUAGUUCUGCUUAGCAUAGAAUUUGCAUGAGAGACGACAGGGAAGAUUAAUCAAAUCAGGCACUUCAUUAAAUUUGCCUAUGCAGACAUCUACCAUUUAACAUAUAAGAAACAUUCCACUGUAUUUUCGUUUUUAUUUCUUAUUAUAUAUAAUAAAUCAUUUCAUGCAGUAUAUGUCUUAUCUGUAAAACAUUGCCAUAUGUUCAUUUCUUGAGGAAAAGAGUGCAACAAUAAGGAUUUGUGCCACAAUAUU